GAAUAUUCACGUGAGGUAACACGUGUGUGGGUUGUUGUCUGGUUUGGUUGGUGUGUAACAACAAGUUCGGAGAAAACCAUACCAGUUCGCAGAAAAGCCACACUACCUCAGUUUCUCCGUCGCGGCAAUCCAAGCUUUCUCUCUGCAACUUCGAUCACAUUGAUGGCAGCAACAUCAGGGAAGAUUGUCCAAAAUGUUUUUGUGUCACAGAGCUACCAACAGAAUAGACCGUUCGGUUCACAGAGUCGAAGGGACUGUUUUGCCCCUUAUAUGCGCAACUCGCUUCCCUCUCCUCAAGGGAAGUUAGCAUGGACUGGCAUCUCUUCCAUGCAAUUGCGCACUUUCUCAAAACCUAAGAGAAAUAUUCAAUGCAAUGCUUCUGCAUCUGCUACCACAGAACCAUAUCUGGACAAGAUUGAUUUUCUAAAGCUUCAAAAUGGCAGUGAUAUACGUGGCGUGGCUCUUGAUGGUGUUGAGGGAGAGACAGUAAACCUCACUGAACCUGUUGCUGAAGCUAUAGGAGCUGCUUUUGCUGCAUGGUUAGUUGAGAAAAAGAAAGCUGAUGCUUCUCAGCAUUUGAGAGUUUCUAUUGGCCAUGAUUCCCGGAUAUCAGCCAAACUAUUACAGAAUGCGGUUUCUCGAGGUCUUUCUGGUGCUGGCCUUGAAGUUGUCCUAUAUGGAUUAGCAUCAACACCAGCCAUGUUCAAUAGCACACUCACGAAGGAUGAAGCAUUUUUGUGCCCUGUUGAUGGGUCUAUUAUGAUAACAGCAAGUCAUCUGCCUUUCAAUAGGAAUGGAUUUAAAUUUUUCACAAAUGCUGGUGGGCUUGGGAAGGCUGACAUCAAAGACAUCCUAGAGCGAGCAGCAGACAUAUACAAUCAAUUUACGACAGAAAGUUUGUUAAAUUCAGAGAAAAAGGCUUCAUUAUCUACUAAGCGAGUUGAUUACAUGGCUGUUUAUACAUCUGAUCUAGUGAAAGCAGUUCGCAAGGCAGCUGGAAACAUAGAGAAACCAUUGGAGGGUUUCCACAUAGUUGUUGAUGCAGGCAAUGGAGCAGGUGGUUUUUUUGCAGCAAAGGUGCUGGAACCUCUGGGGGCAAGAACUUCUGGAAGUCAAUUUUUGGAGCCCGACGGCUUGUUUCCAAAUCAUAUUCCCAACCCUGAGGACAAGACAGCAAUGAAAGCCAUAACCCAAGCAGUCCUCGAGAACAAAGCUGAUCUUGGAAUUAUCUUCGAUACUGAUGUGGACAGAUCUGCUGCUGUGGAUUCCACUGGCCGUGAAUUUAACCGGAAUCGUUUGAUUGCCUUAAUGGCGGCUAUUGUUCUUGAGGAACAUCCUGGAACAACCAUUGUCACAGACAGUGUGACUUCUGAUGGCCUCUCCACAUUUAUUGAGAAGAAACUUGGUGGCAAACACCAUCGGUUCAAAAGAGGCUACAAAAAUGUGAUUGAUGAAGCUAUUCGUUUGAACUCUGUUGGAGAGGAGUCACAUUUGGCAAUUGAAACCAGUGGACAUGGAGCUCUCAAGGAGAAUAAUUGGCUUGAUGAUGGUGCAUACCUAAUGGUCAAGGUCUUAAACAAACUUGCUUCCGCAAGAGCUUCUGGAAUGGGUGGUGGAAGCAAGGUUUUGACUGACAUAAUAGAAGAACUCCAGGAACCAGCUUUUGCUGUUGAGCUGAGAUUAAAGAUAAACCAAAUCCAUCCAGAUCUUAAAGGAGGGUCUUUUCGAGAAUAUGGAGAAGCUGUGCUCAAGCAAUUGGAGAACUCAAUUGGCUCUGAUCCAAACCUGCAAAAGGCACCUGUAAACUACGAAGGGGUCCGAGUUUCUGGUUAUGGUGGAUGGUUCCUUCUUAGACUAUCACUCCAUGAUCCUGUACUUCCCCUUAACAUUGAGGCACAGAGUAAUGAUGAUGCUGUGAAGCUUGCAGUGGCUGUGCUUGCAGCUGUAAAGGAUUUUGCAGGUUUAGACAUAUCAGCCUUGCACACAUUUGCAGGAUCAUCAUAAUUUGGUGCUUUGUACAAGAAUUGAAUUGGGGACUGGGAAUGGUUUUGCUUCUAUUUUUGCAUUAUACCAAGAGGCUCUCUUUACUCGACAGCAGCAAGAGGGGGUGAGUUCAAGGUUUAGAAUCCUGAGUGUUUGGUGAACACCUAGUAGUAGUGGACCAGUAUUAUUACCAUGUGGCUGUAAAGAGUGUGGUCAGUUGUCCAGGAAUAGGAAUAUCGGAAAUCUCCGCGAUGGAAUUUCAUUAAAACAUCCCAUUUUGAGAGCAGUGUCAUCAGUAUCUGUUGUGUAAUUUUGUUGUACUUGCCUGAUUUAUAAUUUAUUGGCUUUUUCCUGAUAUGUGUGGACUCAUUCUAUCUUGAGAUCCUGCAUCAACUAGAGACACAUUCAAAGUAAAGUUUAUAAAUACGGACAAUAUUCAUCUUA